AUGCGAGCUCCAACGCUAGCCGUAGCUCCGCCUCCAGCGAAAUCAUCGUCACUAGUAGAAGUUCUGCCGCCGACGUCUUUUCCGGCACCAUUGGCGGAGACGAUGCCACAAGCAGCAGGAGAGGCAGUGAUUCCUUCACCGCAGGCCACUGGCACUGAGGCUAUCUACGAUUUUAUUCAGAUUUGUACAUGGCCAUCAAGCGUGGUUAAGUUGCAGUGGAAUAUAUUUGAUGUCGCUCUUCUCGUAGAAAACGACGGGGAAGAGCUGGAGAUGUGCGACUGCGGCGAAGCAUGCGCUAGACUGUGCCCUCACUUCUUAAACUACACCCUCUGUGACGAGUUUAAUUGUUGUUCAUGGGGAGAUUGUGGCAACAAGUUUAUCUCGAGUCCAUUUUAA